AUGGCCACGGCGAUGACGGUGUGCGUGAUCGGCGCGGGGGGGUUCGUGGGCUCGUGGCUCGUCGAGCGCCUCCUCGCCGCCGGCCGGUACACGGUCCACGGCACCGUCCGCGAUCCCGGCGACGCCAAGAACGCGCACCUGGCGGCGCUGGACGGCGCCGGCGAGCGGCUGCGGCUGUUCAGGGCCAACCUGCUGGACUACGGCAGCUUGGCGAAGGCCAUCGCCGGCUGCGACGGCGUUUUCCACGUGCCGUGCCCCGUCCCCGACUACCCCCUCGCCGACCCAGAGGUCGAGCUGCUCGCCCCCGCCGUGUCGGGCACCAUGAACGUCCUCAAGGCGUGCUCCCAGGCCGUGGUCAAGAGGGUCGUCGUGGUCUCGUCCCUCUCCGCCGUGAUGGUGAACCCCGAGUGGGGUGACAAGGCCAUGGACGAAGGCUGCUGGUCUGACGUCGACCUCUGCAGAACCACCGAGAACUGGUACUGCCUUUCCAAGACCCUGGCAGAGCUCGAGGCAUUCGCCCACGCUAAGAGAACUGGGCUGGACGUGGUGUCUCUCUGCCCAUCCCUGGUGAUCGGGCCCUUGCUGCAGUCCACAGUGAACGCAAGCAGCUCGGUCCUGGUUGAUUUCCUGAAAGAACAUUUGGUGAAAAUGAAGCUCAGGAAUUUUGUGGACGUUCGUGACGUCGCUGAUGCUCUCCUCCUGGUGUACGAGACGCCGGAGGCGUCCGGGAGGUUCGUCUGCAAUUCGCAUCCAAGGCGGGUGUCUGAUGUCAUCGAGCUACUCAAGACCUGGUACCCGGCUUACAAAUAUGCCACCAAGUUCGUCCUAGUGAGCGAUGAGCCUUCAUUCAGUUCCAAGAAGUUGCAGGCGCUGGGCUGGAGAUCCAAGACCCUGGAGGAGACCCUCAAGGACAGCGUUGAGUCCUUCAAGAAGGCAGGCGUCCUGGAUUGA